AUGGUAAGCGAACUUAGUGACAAAUCAUAUGCGUUCCGUCUCUGUGACAGCCUAGGAAAAUCGCUAACAAGUAUAUCGCCUAUUCAUGGCUAUGAGAAAUUUCCGUUGGUGUCACUUGAAAAGGCCGUUGAAUCUCUCGAAUGGAUCGUACCUAGAGUUCAACAUAUGGUGCAUACAGUGAGAUUUAAUUGUAAAAAUCCACCAGAUAAUCUAACUCCAGAUGAAUCCGCUGCAAUUAUGCUCUAUACACUACCGUGGCAGCCGGAAAAAGAAUCGUUUUAUUCGAUUCUCAAUUCUACACUACGUGCAGAAGAUCAAACUAAUUUAAAAUCAUGGUUCUGGUAUUUGAAGUUGUCUACUACUGCGCUAUCAAAACUACCAUCUCAGCGACAGUUUCUUUAUCGUGGAAUAAAGAAAAAUCCGAUAGGUGAUUAUCCUCAAGGAAAAACAUUCUUUUGGUGGUCAUUUACUUCCUGUACGGAUUCUAUUGAUGUUCUUAAAUCUGAACUGUUUCUAGGCAAAACUGGUAAACGCACAAUAUUUACUAUUGAUGCUUGCACUGGGAAAGAUAUUCAGAAACAUUCAAUGGUCAAAACAGAAAAUGAAGUUUUAUUGCUUCCCGGUUGUCAAUUUAGAGUUAUCGGAACUUUAGAUGUCGGCAAUGAUUUAAAUAUGAUUCAGAUUCAGGAAAUCGAUUCACAAUGCGCUGUUUCUACAUCAAAUAAAACGUUACCACCUUCAUUACCAAUAAAAGCACACAAUUUUCAAUCCUACCAUAACGUAACACUCGAACAAAUCAUUCAAAACUGUCAAUCGCGCAAGUUAAACUUGAGUGGACAACAAUUGAAUGAUGAAGAUAUGGGCAUAGUUAGUAAUCAGGGAAUUAUAGAUAAACAAUGCAAAAUACUCGAUUUGAUGUCUACUGAACUUACACCACGAGGUGUUUCAAUCCUGUCGGAUGCAAUUUAUAAUAGUCAAUAUUUGGAAGAAUUGAAUAUUUCACAUAAUAAUAUAUCGGAUUCGGGUGUUAAGCAUUUAGUGUCGGUGAUUAACAGCUCAGCUCUGAAACGCAUUGAUCUAUCCGAGAACGAUAUUUCAGAUGAAGGCGCCGGAUAUCUAGCAGAAAUGUUCCGAACAAAUGUAAAAUUGGUUCAAUUAUCUUUGGCCGAAAACCGAAUAGGCAAUACUGGUGUAAAAGUCUUAGCCGAUGCCCUUAAUCAUGGAAAUGUGGCUCUAGAAGUUUUGAAUCUAAGUGCGAACACCGAUAUCAAUGAUGAUAGUAUUGAUACACUGGUUGAUAUGAUAAAACAAAAUCAGUCACUGAAAAAACUCGAUUUACGCCAUUGUGAUUUGACAGAAGAUUGUGAAAGAGAACUACAAACAGCAGCCAAAUCGAGAAAAAAGUUUCAAUUAUGGCUUUCCCACGUCAUGUAA